AUGAUGCGAAGCUUUUUAACUCAAAGGUCAUUCCAAGUAACCGUAGAAGGACAGCUGUCUCGUGUACAUAACCUAGAAAAUGGAGUUCCCCAGGGCUCGGUGUUAUCUGUUACGCUGUUUCUCGUUGCUAUGCAACCCGUCUUCCGAGUAAUACCUUCUGGGGUCACUGUUCUCUUGUACGCAGACGAUAUCCUGCUCGUGGUGAAAGCGCAUAAAGACCGGCCAUUAUACAGGAAGUUGCAAGCAGCUGUGAAAGCCGUCGAUAAAUGGGCGAAAAGUGUCGGCUUCACAAUCUCUGCAGCCAAAUCCAGCACCUUCUACGGAAGUCCAAAUGUGCGAAGAGAACCCGUCAGCGAUAUCACCAUUGAGCGAGUACCUAUACCAAAAACAAACGUGCUGAAAAUUCUUGGCGUUAUGUUAGAUCGAAGCUUCAGAUUCAGUACACAAUGUAGGCUUACUAAAAAGAUGUGCGAUCUAAGGCUUAGAAUCCUGAAAAUUCUCGGAGCAAAACUUAACCGUGGACACCGUAUCUCGCUGCUGAAAAUUGGAUCAGCUAUCGUCACAUCCAGGCUUCUCUAUGGUGUGGGCCUAAUAACAAGAGGUAACCAAACUGCAAUACAGACACUAGCGCCAGUAUACAAUCGCAUGAUAAGACUCGCGUCGGGGGCAUUUGUUACCAGUCCUAUUCAUUCAAUUUUGGCAGAAGCAGGUACUUUACCAUUCAACCUGCUUGUGUUGCAAAGCACAGUUCGAACCGCAAUACGCAUCCUAGAGAAGGACUCCAGAAAUACAGAUCUACCUUUAGUUGAGCGAGCUAGACAACAACUGCUAGAUACGACCGGGGAAACAAUCCCAACGAUAUGUCUGCGAGAGAGAUUAAAUACCCGUGCAUGGAAUACCCCUCCCCCAUCUGUUGUGUGGGACAUCAAGCGAAGAGUAAGAGCUGGAGCCUCUUCCAGUACAGUACGUCCCCUAGUACAAGAGCUGUUGUCGAACCGUUUCCAACGAUAUACGGCCCUUUACACGGAUGGUUCAAAGUGCAGCGAGACAGUAGGCGCAGGACUUUUUGGCAACGAUCUGAUGCUCUCAGCUAGCCUUCCUCCACAGUACAGUGUUUUUUCGGCAGAGGCCUAUGCCAUCACAAUGGCACUGACACAGCAUACUGGUACAAAUCGUAUAGUAGUUCUAUCUGACUCUGCGAGCUGUCUGUCGGCACUUGAAGCUGGCAAAUCAACGCACCCGUGGAUUCAGAAAAUAGAAAGAUUAGCACAGAAUAAACCGAUUGAAUUUUGCUGGAUCCCGGGUCACGCUGGAGUCUACGGCAAUAAUGAAGCAGACCGAUUAGCUGGUGAAGCAAGAAACAGCGAACCACUACCACUAUCGAUCCCAGCAGACGAUGCAACAAGAGAAAUUAAACGCACAAUUCGACAACACUGGAACAGCCAGUGGUUCUCUAUGCGCGAUACUAAACUACGACGAAUCAAAUUUGAAACUGAAAAAUGGAAAGAUCGUGACAACCCUGGCGAUCAACGUGUCCUGACUCGACUCAGGAUCGGACACACGAGACUGACCCACAGCUUUCUCCUAGAAAAAACAGAACCACCAACAUGCGAAUGCUGUGGAACUAUACUCGACAUCCAACACAUUCUCUUAGACUGCAGAAGGUAUGAUGACGCAAGGCGAAAACAUGAGAUGGAUGGAAUGACGCUUAGAAGAGCCCUCAAUAAUGACAGCGCAACAGAAGAAAAAGUGAUCAAAUACAUGAAAGACUGUAAUUUGUAUAACAAAGUGUAA